GCUGAGCUGAAGGUAACGCGAGGGAGAGAGAGAGAUCGAAAAAGAGAGAGAGAGAGAGAGAGUUGAAGGGCCUGGGAGGGACAGAAAAAAAGCCCAACACGAAAAGCUAGAACCACAUACCGGCUUCUUUGGAUCUUUCUUAUUGGCCGAUGCGUUUCAAAUAAUUAAUAUCAGCACUUAUAAUCGUGCAAAGUGGAUUUCGGAUGUGCAGCUCCUGCUUGUCCGGUGAGUUCCAGUUAAAGGUGGAAGUGGUGUUUGAUGGUCUUCUGAGCUAGCAAAGAUCCUUCCAGGAUCAAAGCUGAGCCUGUUACAAUGAUGGAAAACUGUUGAAGAUCACAAGUGAAGUGUGGUUGACAGAUCAAGUAUCGUCACUCCUACCAGGCUCUUGUGUGUGAAGAUUCUUCCAGGCCUCUGAAUGUCUCUUUUCUUUUACACACAGCAUUGAUGGAUCAAUAAAAUAUGCAACAAGCGGCUGACUAAGGACUCCAUGAAAAAUGACAGAAGAGGUUAUUGUUAUAGCCAAGUGGGAUUAUACAGCACAACAGGACCAAGAACUUGACAUAAAGAAAAAUGAACGACUCUGGCUCCUUGACGACUCAAAGACAUGGUGGAGGGUAAGAAAUGCCUCUAACAAGACCGGAUAUGUGCCAUCUAACUAUGUGGAAAGAAAGAACAGCCUGAAGAAAGGAUCCCUUGUAAAAAAUCUUAAAGACACAUUAGGUCUGGGCAAAACAAAGAGAAAAACAAGUGCACGAGACGCCUCACCCACCCCCAGCACGGACGCAGAGUAUCAGUCCAACGGCAGCGGUGCCGACCGCAUCUAUGACCUUAACAUCCCUGCUUAUGUCAAGUUUGCCUAUGUAGCGGAGCGGGAGGAUGAGCUAACUCUGGUGAAAGGAACACGCGUUGUUGUCAUGGAGAAAUGUAGCGAUGGCUGGUGGCGUGGAAGCUAUAAUGGACAAGUGGGCUGGUUCCCAUCUAACUAUGUCGUAGAAGAAGGAGAGGACGCCAUGGCAGAUUCCCCCAGUUUCUUUUCUAUUAGGCAUGGGGCAGCUAUUAGCAAUGGUCAAAAUGCGAGGGUCCUCCAUGUGGUGCAGACUCUGUACCCCUUCAGCUCUGUGACAGAGGAAGAACUUAACUUUGAAAAGGGGGAGACCAUGGAAGUAGUUGAAAAACCAGAGAAUGACCCUGAGUGGUGGAAAUGUAAAAAUUCCCGUGGCCAGAUUGGCCUGGUUCCCAAAAACUAUGUGGCCAUUAUUAGCGAUGGUCCCACCAUCAGCAGCUGUCAUACCCCUCAGAUAAGCUACACUGGGCCUUCUCACACAGGACGGUUUGCAGGAAAGGAUUGGUACUAUGGGAACAUAACACGGCACCAGGCAGAAUGUUGUCUGAAUGAACGUGGAAUUGAAGGGGAUUUCCUCGUCCGAGACAGUGAGUCAUCGCCGAGUGACUUCUCAGUCUCACUGAAAGCAUCGGGAAAGAACAAGCAUUUUAAGGUGCAGCUGAUGGACGGAGUGUACUGCAUCGGCCAGCGGCGAUUUAGCACCAUGGAUGAAUUAGUGGAACAUUACAAAAAGGCUCCCAUCUUCACAAGUGAACACGGAGAAAAAUUAUACCUUAUUAAACCACUUCAGUGACCACGGCUCUGAGGUGGGCCAGCAUCAGGCCUGACACACAGCUAGAAGCCUUAGGUUUGGACAGCCACUUUUACAGAGCAGUCAUUUCAGACACGCUGGGGCUUUUUGGUUUUGUUUAAACAUUCAGAAAACACCGUAUGAUCGUGGCUCAUUCUGGACAUGUUUGCUCUGUUUGGUGGGUGUUCUUGUCCCUUUUUUAAGUGUUUAUAAGCCUGUAUGUCUCCAGUUCUGUUGAGUUCCUUUUCAGAGGUUGAAAGUAAUAAAACUUCACUAAGUGACCAUUUUAAGCACUCGCUUUAUGCCUUGGCUGAAAGCUCCCCAGUCCAGGACGUGUUUUAGUUAAGAAGUGCUGCUGCGAUGGACGGGUACUUUCCCUUGUAACAGGACAGCGUUCUUCGUUCCUAGUUGCCCACACUACCAGACAGACCCCCUUAAGUUAAAAGCAGGCCGUCAGGCACAGUCUGAAUGCACUGAAGCGGUUUCUGUUCAAAAUAUUGACAAAGGAAAUUUGAAAGACCUGUCGGUCUCAGCUGUGAAUCUUUUCCUUUAGCGAUUUGAGAAUUGAAUUUCGAAGCACUCCGCUCUCCCCGGCGCUCCUGUGGUUCAGCAGUACUCUCAAUGAAACUCCUCUCCCUCUCCCUCUCUCUUUUGUUUUUUUUUCCUUUCUUCAACAGCAAGAUUGUACGGAAAGUGUAAUAUUUAUAAACAAUAAUUUCAGUUCUGAGUCUUUUCUAGAGGAGGUUGUUGCUUUGUGGGACAGCGAGCAGCUCAAGCCGAAUUGAGAUCUGAAUGUUUUUGUAAUUGUACAACCAGACGUGCCGCCUCUAUAUGCUUGUUUCUUCUGCCCUAUUGCUUGUUUCAAGUUAAAAAAAAAAAA